AUGCACAACGUUGUACAACAACUUUCACGUAAUUUCGGAAAGAUAAAAUCAACUAUUUUCCAAACAAAGAACAAUUCAAUACUUCCCAAGUAUAAUGACGCGAGUAGUACAGAUUCGGAAGAUGAAAUAUUAGAAAAACUUACAAAAGGAUGUUCUAAAAAUGGUGGCACAAAUAAAAAUGCGGACGUAUUGGAGAGGGAAUGUUCUACGAGAAAACUCAGAGAUACUACACCUGUUGAUUACAAUCACGAUUUGAGUGAAACUUGCUUUUCUGAUUCAGAUCAUGAGUCAGAUAGAAGAAAACAGAGCGAAUUGGAUGAUUAA